CCGGGAUCACUUUGUGUAUUCACCUGCAAACUCAUGACUACACGUCCUAUUUUGGUGCGUGGAGGUGAUUCCAGCGGGCUGUUUGGAGGCAUUAGUGGAGGACAUUGAGCGCGCUAAUCAUCCCUCAUCUCUAAUUCUUCCCGUCUUGUUCCCGAGCCGCCGCGCACCGGUGUGAUGCCCGCCGGGAUGUUCAGCAUAGACAGCAUCCUGUCCGGCCGGCCGAGCUGCAAGGAGCCGCUGCUGCUGCACCGGAGCGGCCCGGUGGUGCUGUCCGCCGGCCUCACGGACUCUAUCUACACCGACUACAACGGACUGUACUCGGCCACUUGCGGACCUUCUCCCCCCGGGAUUCAGUCCGUGAACGGGACCCGGAUUGGAUAUAACGGUUACUACUACGGACAGCUGCACGUCCAGGGCGCCGGAGGAGGUCCGCCGUGCUGCAGCUCCGUGCCCGGCCUCAGCCCGCAGCAGUGCCCCUGCAUCCCGGCAGGCUACGACAGCCCGGGCUCGGUGCUGAUCUCUCCGGUCCCGCACCAGAUGAUGUCCUACAUGAACAUGAGCAGCCUGUCGCGGACCGAGCUGCAGCUCCUCAACCAGCUGCACUGCCGCAGGAAGCGGCGGCACCGCACCAUCUUCACCGACGAGCAGCUGGAGGCUCUGGAGGGCCUGUUCCAGGAGACCAAGUACCCGGACGUCGGCACCAGGGAGCAGCUGGCCCGCAAAGUCCACCUCCGGGAGGAGAAGGUCGAGGUUUGGUUCAAAAACAGACGCGCGAAGUGGAGGAGGCAGAAACGGUCUUCAUCAGAGGAAUCAGAGAACUCUCAGAAAUGGAACAAAUCCACCAAAACGUCCGCGGAGAAGCCGGAGGAGAGUAAAAGCGAGAUGGACUCAGACAGCUGAUAGUGACCCGCGCUCAGUGUGGCGGACUCCGCCACGUGCCGCCGCUGUGAUCUGACGUGUUGCCAUGUUGCACAGUUGUACAUAUCUACAUUUUAUUAUUGAUUCUGUGUCCGCUAUUUAUAUUUAAUUUAAGUCUUUUUGUAGCUGAAGUCGCGCCGGGACGUGACGCCCGGCGGACCGACUGACACGUCUGAAUAUAUCGUAAUGUUAUAUGUGACAUUUUUAUGGAUAUUACAUGUUGUAAUUCUGGUAUUUUCCUUCCGUUGUAACAUUAUUCAUAGCGCUCGGCCGGCCGCAGGGGAAACGUCCCGCGGCAGAGCGCAGCCGCACUGAGCUGCGUCAACAACAGCACCAGUUUCUUCUGUUACUUUAUUUUGAAAAAAUAAGAAAACCUACGUAAAAGGACAACGAGUAUACAUUAAAAUAAUAAUGAAACAUGA